AUGCCCCGAAAAGCGAGCGUGUUUGACCACUUCUCCGCACCGACGCCGAGUGGCACUGUGGGCAACUGCCAAGCCAAGUGCCACCACUGCCAGGCCGUCAUCGCUGGCUCCGUGCAGGCGACGUCCAACUUCAGGAGGCAUCUCAUGAGGAAGCAUCCCGAUAUCUUCCAACGGCUGGACUCUCCCGCCACGAGGUCCUCGGCCAUGGCCCCCGCCGCCGGCCAAGCGUCCACCACCGGUCUCUUCGGCCCCGUCAGCCGGUCUCCGAGGUGGAAGGCCAGCGACCACCGCCAGGAAGCCAUCACGAGGUCCAUCGUGAGUGUGAUUGCCGAGAACCUCCUUCCUCUGGACUUCGUCGAGAGUCCGAAGUUCAUCGAGCUGAUGGCCAAGGCAGAGUCUCGGUAUGCUGUCCCGAGUGCGAGGUCCCUGAGCGCCAAGUUCGUGCCUGACUGCGUGGCCAAGAUCCAGUCUGACGUGAAGGCCAGGCUCCAGCACGUUGAGAGUGUGUGUCUGACUCUCGAUGUUUGGUCCUCGAGAUCCACUCACUCGUAUGUUGCGAUCACUGGACACUUUAUCUUGGACUGCAUGUUAAGGAGCGUCAUGUUGGGCUUUCGAAGAAGAAGAGGAGCGUUCGUCACGGAAGACAUAUUCCAGGUGUAUCAAGAAACAGUUUUGCGCUACAGACUAACAGGGAAAGUUGUCUUAAUCAUCAGUGACAAUCUUAACUUGAUCCAGGCGUUUCCUUUCCCAGGCUGGGUCCUUCUUGAAGAAGAGUGCGUGGAAACCGAGUGGGAUGAAUCCGAGUUUUCUGUCUCGUCGACGGAGAAGUUGGACUUCCCUCCGUCAUGCAAAACCUCUUGCUAUGCACAUUCUUUGCAACUUGUCGUCCGAGAUGGACUCAGCGCGGUUGCGGACUCUUUCAGGGACACGAUCAGCCGGGCGUCGGAGCUCGUUCUCUUCUGCCGGAAAUCGAGCCUCGUGGCUGAACGCGUCGAAGGGCUGACAGACACGCUGACAGCUCAAAAUACAUGGAACUGUCAGCUGCGAUUACUAAGAUCCGUCGUCAGCCUGCCGCAAGAGACCCUCAUUAGGCUUGGCGCGCCGGUGGCGUUCUCGUCGAGUGAUCUCACGUUAAUAGAAGAAUUAUGCACCAUCCUAGAACCCUUCGAGGAGGUCCUCGACAAGGUCCAGCACAAGCAAGCCGUGACCGCAAGCCUCGUGCUGGCGUGCACGAAGGGCCUGAGGAACUCACUGCGCGAGUUGGAGGCGACCUUCAACAAUAAACUGGUGACGAAUCUGCAGCUCUCCUUAGAGGAGAGACUCUCUCCCUACGAAGAGAUGGAAUACUUCCAGCUCGCCGCCAUGCUCGACCCUCGCUUCAAAGCCGACUGGUGCCACGAAGGAAGAGCGCAGGAAAUGAAACGCCUCCUCUUGGCCGCCGUCAGUGCCACCUCCGCGGCACCCUCAGCGCCACCCGCCCCACCUCGCGCCCAGCCGCCGCCUCCUCCCACCAAGCGGAGCAGAUUAUUCGCCUUCAUGUCCCGCCGCCGCGGCCACCAGCCUCCUCCCUCGGCCGACGCCUCCUGCGCCUCCCCCGACAGCCCCCCGGAAGCCGAGGUCGCGCAGUACCUCGAAGAGCCCUGCCUGCCCGAAGACGCCGCCCCCUUGGCCUACUGGCGGGCGAAGAAGGGCGCGCUUCCCCUGCUGGCUCGCCUCGCCCACAGGUACCUGGCCGCCCCCGCUGGCAGUGCUCCGGUCGAACGAGUCGUGGGCGUCGGUGGGCGGGCAUGGAGACCCGGAUGGAGUCAUCUGCCGGACUCGAGACUUGAGGAGUUGAUGCUGAUCAGGAGCAGUGAUGGCUGA